AUGUAUGAUAUUGAUUUUUCCAUUCCAUACUGGCUUAUCACUUAUUACCAUAUUAUCGGUGCAACUUCAUUGAUUUUCGAUAUUUUCUCGAUUUAUUUGAUACUUUUUAAAAGUAGUCAAAUUGAUAAUUUCCGGUAUUUUUUGUUGAAUUUUCAGAUCGCUUGUUGUCUAACCGAUAUCCAUCUUACUUUCCUUAUGCAACCAGUUCCUCUUUAUCCAAUUUUUUCUGGAUACAUUUUAGGAUUCAGCUUAUAUUUUGGAGCGAAUCUUCAUCAUUCUAUGUGCAUCAUAAUUUUUCUGCUCAUCUAUCAAAUUGGUUCUAUGAUCACUUGUUUUGUUAAAAAGCAUCAGGCAAUUGCGGGAACUCUGAAAAAAUAUCAAAUGCCAAAUUAUCUGGCCUUCCUGAUGAUUUCUUAUGUUUUGAUCUACACUUUUAGUGUCACUGGCAUUUUUGCUACUUGUAAUGUUCCAGAAGACAAACAGUUGGAUUAUGUGAAAACGAACUAUCCAGAAUAUGUCUCUGGAUUUCUAUCCCUUCCAAACUUCUCCAUUUAUGACCCAUCUGAUUAUUUCGCAAAUUUUGUGAUCUACUCGCUGGUUGGAGGCAUUAUAGCGUUUUUAACGCUGGUUGCAGUGAUUCUAAAUAUUUUUAGAAUGUUGGCGCUUCUGAAAUCAAAAGUCUCGAGAUCCAAUUAUAGAAAACAUCGUGCCGCCAUCUGGAGUUUAUUGGCUCAAUUCGCCACGUCAUCUGUCAUUUUUGUACCGCCCAUAUUUUUUGUAUUUAUCGUGUUGAUGGGUGUGGAUGGGGCGCAAUUAAUCGUGAAAUAUCUUGUCAUCAUUGCCUCAUUCCAUUCCUCACUUAACACAAUUGUUCUGAUUUUAACAUUCCCGCCGUAUCGAAAAUUCGUGAUUAAUUUGAUUUUGAGAAGAGAAGAUGCCAAACUAUUCGGAAUGUCUACAGUAACCCAACGACCGUCGGCGGUGAUUUCGCACUUGGGGAGAUAA